UUGGGGGUGGGGGGGGGGGGGUUUAAUUCCGAUAUAUUUAUUUUCUGCAAGCUUAUUGAGUAUAUUACAGUGUAUAUCAUCUAUAAUUAUGUGGGAUUUUCAUUUUUGUUUAUUUGUCGCCAUGAAGCUUUAGGUCUUUUUAUAAUUUUAUGUAUGAAAAUUGUUUAUAGACCCUUAGACUUAGGAAGGGCCAAGGGAUUUAUAAUAUCUUCUAUGACAAUCUUUUGUGAUAGGAUGUAAAAUGAUAAGCUGCCUCUUGGAGAUUUUCCUGAACUCUUUAGCAAACACGGUUAUUGACCGGCUUAUGGUGAUUAGUGGUAAGGCUGCGCACAUUUGAUCCUCUCUAGACUUGUUUGUCCUAUGAGAUCUAUAUUGAGUGGUGGUUGUUGAUACUUGUUAGCUUAUAUGAGUUUUCCUUCUUUUACCUUUGGGAUUAUGUUUGAAAAAGUAGGCAAUCGUCUGCACAAGCACGGACACUGGAUAAUUUCCUCUAUUUCAUCAUCUGGUUUUACAAGGGACCAAUCUUACUUGAUGAGUGCAAAUAUAGUCUAUAAUGUUGAAUGAGUGCAUUAGAAAAACCGUUGGAGUAGUAGACUGUGCCAUUUUGUGGUCCAAAUAAAUACUGUAAAGUUGAAUGUCACUUUUUGCUAGCAUUUUCUAUCUUCCUUUUAUGAAUGCCUUUGAUGGUAACUUAAGAAAAAAAUUGUUCACUAUGCAUUUGUGGAGGCUCAAUUGUGCUCUCCAUCUUCUUUUAUCUUGUCUUUCUUGAGUGGCUUAAACCUUUACAUGUUUUGAUAGGUAGCGUUGUCUUCUGCAGAAGUGGCAUCAUGUAUUAAAUCAUUGCGUAAAUUAGUUAUUGGCUAGUGUUCGGUGAAGGAGUUGGUUGAGUCUCUUAGUGGCUUGAAAAUUGUGAGAUUUAUGUAAUAUCGUACAAGUUUUGGGUGUAGCAUGUUCAUGGCCUUUCAAUGUUUUUAUAAAAGAGGGCCUCAACGAAGCACUGGUGGAGGUGAAGAUAUUAAGCCUCGAUUAAAGUCUUCUGAAAUAGUGGAAGUUCAGUUGGAUACAAAUUGGGAUGAUAUAUCUUGUCCAGUAUGCUUGGAUUAUCCUCAUAAUAGUGUGCUGCUUCAAUGCUCAUCUUAUGAUAAAGGAUGUCGUUCAUACGUGUGUGACACCAAUCACCUGCAUUCAAACUGCUUAGAUCGCUUUAAAACUGCAUAUGGGAUACCUUCACAAUCAAAUUCACCACCAACAUCAUUAUCAGUGGGAAAUGAAAAUUCAGCUGCAGUAGUUCCUGAAAGCAAUUGUAAGCCAACUUGUCCAUUAUGUAGAGGAGAGGUAAAUGGUUGGGUUGUUAUCGAGAAGGCCCGAGAGUAUUUGGAUCAGAAAAAGCGUUAUUGUGAAGAGGAACGAUGUUCUUUUGUUGGUACUUUUUCGGAGCUUCAAAAACAUGCUCAAGAAGAACACCCUGAUUCCCGUCCAUCAAAAAUUGAUCCUGCACGUCAGCUUGACUGGGAUAAUUUCCAGCAGUCAUCAGAAAUGGUGGAUGUUCUUAGUACCAUUCAUUCAGAAGUUCCGCGUGGAGUUGUUCUGGGUGAUUAUGUGAUUGAAUAUGGUGACGAUGAUACAGCAGACGAGUUUGAGGACUUCCCUGGUGAUGAAGGAAAUUGGUGGACUUCGUGUAUCUUGUAUCAAGUAUUUGAUAAUCUCCGCAAUAGUCGAAAUAGGAGAAGGUCAAGAAAUAAUGAUACAAGAAGAGGAAGCCGCCGGUCUAGCAAUGAUACGUCAAAUUCAGAUGAUGGCUCUGUGACAUCUGUAGAAUUUCCAGACUAUAGAGGAGACGAGUUUGAUGAUGAAUUUAUACGCUCCAGAGGUCCUGCAAGAAGUAACCUCAAUCGCCGAAGUUCUCGAAGAAGACGCUCCCGCUUCUAUGACCAUUAGAAGCUGAGGGGGAAUGGUGAAAAGCCGAAGCAGAAAAGAGUACUGUGAUGUUAUCUACAACAUCCUGUCUUUCCGCUGCAAUCAGCUUAUGUCAAUCAUAAUCAGCUCAUCUAGUUAGAUAUGAAAUCCUAGAUGUUAAUGGAUUUCAGUUCUAGAUAUAAUUUUUUUUCAUUGAUUAGUCCCUCCUUUUUCCGUCGCUUUGAAUGGAAUUCUAGAGAUAAAGAAUAUCUGGUUUUGUUUGCCUUUUGUAAGAAACUUUGGGGUAAUGCAUGUACAUAUUUCAUGGUAAAUACUAGAUUUUGCUUUCCUUUGCUUAGUUUCUCGAAAUGGCAAUCUUAAGAGUUUGGGAUCUAUACAUGUCUAUCAUACACUCGGGUAUGCUUGGAGGUACACUCAAGUGUAUGAAGAAAAUGUAACGUGUUGGUGUUUCUAUGAAGCUAUUAUAAAUGAAAAGUUAGCAAGUGAUUUUGCCUUUUGAGCCUUUCA